GCCGCCCACCGGCCGCAGCCCCUGCCUCCUGCCAGCACCAUGGAGUUCUCCGAGAGGAAAAGGAGCAGGAAAUCCCAGAGCUUCAAACUGGUGAGCCGAGAUUAUCACCAUGAGGUAUAUAAGAUCUCAGAAUUCAGCAACGAUGUUAAUGGGGAGGCCAAAGAGACACAACCCAUUUAUUUAGGAGAUGAAAGCAUGGAAAUUAAAAAACAAAUCACAGGAAUGAGAAGAUUACUGAAUGAUAGCACUGGGAGGAUCUAUCAACGUGUAGGCAAAGAAGGAGAAAAAUUAAAAGAAGAACCCCAGGAUUUGGAUGCAGUCUGGCCUCCACGUUUGAACUCCUCUGCUGAGGCCCCACAGAGCCUCCACCCUCCUUCACGUGGUGCAUGGAAUGAGUUACCACCCCCCAGCGGGCAGUUCUCAGGGCAGUAUGGCACCCGCUCUAGAACCUUCCAGAGUCAGCCCCACACCACUGGGAGCUCCAACGGAGAACUUCCGGCCAUGAAUUCAUCCGUUGGAUCAAACUGCUGUACUUGCAAUUGCCAGUCGACGUUGCAGGCCAUCCUCCAAGAACUCAGGACCAUGCGGAAGUUAAUGCAAAUUCAAGCAGUUGGAACCCAAAACAGACAACAACCCCCAAUUUCCCUUAUAUGCUCCCAGCGAACUGCUGUCUCACGCAAGAGAAAUAAAAAGAAAAAAGUGCCCCCAAAGACCGUUGAACCUCUGACCGUGAGGCAGAAGCCUGGCGUGUUAGAAAUGGAGAAGAAGACAGCCGGGGCCUCCGAGCAGCCUGGCCCCCAGGCUGCCGAGCCCCCCUCUGCCGGGGAGAACCGCGUGCUGGGAUUCGGCAUUGUCCUGGAGUCGCCUGCCUCAGAUCCAGAAGUGCAACUUGCUGAAGGCUUUGAUGUGUUCAUGCCUAAAUCACAGCUGGACUCUAUAUUGUCAAACUACACUCGCUCAGGAAGCCUUCUGUUUAGAAAGCUGGUGUGUGCAUUUUUUGAUGACAAGACUUUGGCUAACUCCUUACCCAAUGGGAAGAGGAAAAGAGGACUGAAUGACAACCGGAAAGGACUAGACCAAAAUAUUGUGGGUGCAAUCAAAGUCUUCACAGAAAAAUACUGUACGGCUAACCACGUGGAUAAACUUCCUGGCCCGAGAGACUGGGUACAGAUUCUGCAGGAUCAAAUCAAACUGGCCAGAAGAAGGUUAAAAAGAGGCUCAGCAGAGGUAGCUGACGGUGAUGAAAGACUGGACAGCAUUUCCCUACCACCAACAGGUAAAACACAUUUACAUUUUCAUCACCCGCUGGAAAAUGCAGCACACGAAAAUAUUUGCAUUGAAAAUGUUUGUAACGUCACAGACGCAGAUGCUUGAGGCAACGGCUUCUGGCCCAGACCCUAGUGAUCAGAGGUUCUCAGUGCCCUGAGUUCAGAGAUAUAUUUACCCUGAGUCUGAAAAGCUCCCGUUUUUCUCACACUGUCUCACAUUCUCGAGAGCCUCAGAACAGCAAGUCCUAAGAACUUAGAGUCAUAACAUCGUGCUUCCCCAAACCUGUGGGCAUUAAGAGGACUUUUACGUGACACGAUAUUGCUUUCUAGAACAAGGAUCACCCGUGUCCAUUCUGUCCUCGUCCACCUCCCCCAAAAGGGGUUUUGAGAGGCAGUAGUGGCUCAUCAUGAAACAGGCACCCAGUGAAUAGUGUGAGUGCAUGAACAGGCCAGUCCCUCCAGCCCGGCUGCCAAUUCCUGGUCCUAGAAGCAGAUCAGCCUGAUAGAACAUUCCAGGCAGCAUUUGCUGCAGCGGGAAGCCACAGACAUCAUUCUGACUUCAUAGUAUUUGACUCCCACCCCGGCCUCUUGCCUCUCUGUUCGCUUAUCCCUGAGAGCCCGAGGGACGGGCCCUGAUCCCUGAGCCACGUGACUGCUUACUCCCUGACUCUUUAUUGGCCUCCCAGCAAAGUCAACCUGACCAUUUUCUGCCCAUAAAACCCAGACACCCCAAAAAGCCCAACUCCAGAUAUAAGGUGGUAAGUUUUAAGUAAAGUCUAGCAAAUAUAAGUGGAGGAGCUAGUCUUCGUAGGAGCCCUGCUGGGUCGUGUGUUCCCUGGGAGCACCUGUCCUGAGGAGGCAAGGUGAGCAGAGCUCCCAGCUCCGGGACAGACCCGGGUCAGGGCCGUGAGAAAGCCGGGCCGUGUAAAGGUCAUCCAGCUCGCUCGGUUACCCCGUGGCUAAGGAACAGAUGGACGGGCACAUAAAUGAACUGUGGCCCCUCGUGCAAAAAAGCUCUGCUUACAUCAAGCCCUUACCGUGUGCAGCCGUCAUACGAAAGGAAAUCUAAGACUGCUUGUUUGGCUACAUUUCCACAUUUAUGAAUUAAGAUAACUGAAAUGCAUGAUCUCUACUGUUCCUUCCCAUCGUGUCCUUGUCCAUCAGUACAGCUCGUAUGAGCCUUGUUCUGAUCACACCCAGCCCGCUCCCAGUAGACACAGGAAGUAUUACCGCCAGGCAUGAAACCGUGCAUGGAGGCAGGAGGCAGUCCGGAGGAAUCCCCACUGCCCCAGUUGUGCCAGUCCAGCCUUCCUCCCCGUCCCCCCCAACCCCUUCACUCCCAGAGCCCACAGUGCUGCCCUUCCCCAUGAUCUUCCUGACACUGUGGGCGGGCUUUGUGAUUAUUAGCAGUACUGCUAUUAUUAUUUGAAAGCCAUUCCCCUUGAAAUAAUACCUUUGCAUUUUCCUGUCUGAAGAUGGAGGCAGAGAGAUGUUUCAGAUGAGGAAAUUGAACCCGGGAUGGUAGAAACACCUCACGGAACUGAAAAGAAUUUCAAGGAAUCUGAGAAAGAAGGAACGUUAGAUAUCAUCUAGUCCCCUCCCUUCUUUUUAUCCAGUCCUUUUAUUUUACAGGUAAAAAAGCCUGAGGCCCAGAAACACUAAAUGACUCUGUCAAGGUCUCCCAGCUGGUUGGUGGCCCGGCCGGACCCCGGCCUCUCGACUUCCAGCCCUUACACCGCGUAGCUUUCUUAUAUCUAAGCCAAAGCCAGCUUUUCUCUGCAUGUUUCCUAAAGAUCUUAAGAGUCACUGGAUGUGCUAAUCCCUUUAGGAUUCCAUUCCACUGUCUGUCUUCACAGUUAGAAUGUCUGUUGUAAGCCUACCUGAAGUCCUCUGCUGUUUAAACUCACUGGAGUUCUUUCUCGAACCUUGCCCAAGGUGGUGAGGUCCUGACGGACACAGAGGACUAGGCCAGGUCUUUCACUAGUCUCUUGACGUUUGCUACAGGUUAUUGAGCAGCAUGAUAAAUAAUACCGUUUAUCAAUUUAGAAAAGGGGAAACGAAGUCACGGAUUGGUGCUCAAAUGUCACAGUAUUGGAAACAGAUCAUCUUGGUUAGACUAGUGUGUCUCCAUCGCCUCAGCCCUGUUAGGUUCUGGGAACAAAUGCCCGCCCUCGGGGAAGCCUGGUCCCAUGUGAGGCAAGCAGGGGGGCGGGGUGGGCAGUGCGCUCUGAGAACCCCGAGAAAUCACCCAGGACUGGGGAACAGGCUGUGUUGGGGAGAAAAAAAAACUACAGAGAAAGUAAAAUCAAAACAGUGCUUUCUAAAAUUGACAAAGAAGGCUUCUUAAUUUGAAAGAGGAGAGAGCAGAGCUCACCUGGGCCUAGCAAUUUUUGUCAAAAAUGGGCCAUCUUUUACAUACUUCUAAACACUUAACAGAAGUAAAAGAAGAAAAUUUAAAUUAGUUUUACCACUCAGAGACAGCCAUUAAUGGGUAUUUUCCCCCCAGACUUUUUUUAUUUACACAUCGGACACGCAACUACAUAAAAUUUUUGUUUCCUGAGAGUUUUUCUCCCUUUUUUUUUUUUAACCUAACAAACAUUGUCCACUUUUCACAAAUCUUCGUACACAUUAUUUUAAUAGCUGCAUCAUGUUCUCUCUUACAGGUAAACCCUAUUUUAUUUAGCCCUAUUCUUAUCCCGGACACUAUGUGGACAUGCUCUAAUAGUGACACAGUGUCAUAGACUUUCCUGUAAAAAUAAUCAGUACAAAUCUCCAGGGGCUAAAAUUGCUCCCAACUAAAGCCUUGGCUGAAAAAUCAGUGAUUUAAAUGUGAAGCCGAUACUUCACCAGUGAGGUUCUCCAGCCGCCCAGCCUCCUUGCCUCUUGCCCAGUCAUUGAAAAGUGUGUGACUCCCCUUUAGAGGAGCGGUCCCCCUUCAUUGUCUUGUCUCUGUUGUAGGUCAUAUAUUUGACACCAGGAGAGAAAACACGGAAGACACAGAGCCAGAUUUCACUGCCUAGACUUUCCUUUUAGUGACACUGUUCAUUAGCACACGUAACUGUUCCGUUGAAUUCCUUCAAAGAUCCACGUAGCAUUUCAGGUUCCUGCAAAGUGUGGGCGUUCUGUGAAGUUUUCCCGUCAUAUCUGAAUAGUUGUCAUAUACUUUGUCGUGUGUGAUAAUCAAGCCUCCAAUUUGGUGUUAAGAUUUUUAGAAAUCAUUUUGAGAGUUAACUCAUUCCUUUCAAAAGUUUGGCGUCAGACCAGGGAGUUCAUUGUUCAUUAAAAAGCAACAGUUCUCUCUCAUUUUUUCUUUUUUUCAUACGCUCAAUGUGAAUAUAUAGAGUUUUGAAGUGUAUUUUAAUGUACACUGCUUAGAUGCAGAAUAAAGGAAAACAGCUCUUUCCAGCCCUGGGGAGCAGUUGGGAAGGCCAACAUUAAUUAGGCCUUCAGCGGCUUCGAAGAUGAAAAAGUUGUUUUGGGGGACAGGAGAGCUCUGACCCAGUAGAUGAAAUCAUUUGUGACAUCAUUUCCUCCAAAGAUAGCCAUUUGUUACUGAGUAAGUGCAAAUGAUCUAGGAACUCCAAGGAAAGAAAGACAUAUCACAAAGAUUGUAUCAACACAGUGACAAAAUAGAAGGAGAGAAACUCAAAGUAACCAGUGACCCACAUGAUACCUGACAACUGUUUUCACAGAGGAUUUUAAACUGCGGGGUCCAGGGUUUUAGACAACCAGCCACAAAGGGACUUAAUAUUAUAUACUUUAUUUGGCUCUAAGGACGCUCGCCCUCUGCUUCCUAUGAAACCAACAUAUGAAAAUAAGGGUUUACACUAAAGAGAUAUCUUGCCAUGUGGGUAUUUGUUUUACAGAAAUAUUUACCUCCACAUUCCCUUCUCCAAAAAGAUGGUGAAUUUAAAAAUACUGUUUUACUUAGAAACAUUGCACGUAGAUCUCAUUCACUGUAUAAUUAAAUUACCAUAAAGUCUUUGGCACUUGACCCAAAGGCCAAAAAUCGGCCAGAAAGAAAUUGGGUCUGUAGCCGGGCCGAGCCAGAGGGGGAGAGAAUGGCUGUCAUUUCCCUAACACUUGUUUUAUGAGUCACAGAGCAUUAGAGCUCCAAGUUCUUGUAGAGCUGCCCUGUCCAGGGGACAUGUGCCGUAACACGCCAAGCUGCUCCCCCUGCUCGGGGGCGAUGCGGAGUGCCACCAAAGACCAGCUCAUCAGCCAAAGAUGAGAGCUAGGAGGCGUCGCUGAAAUGUGACAAAGCUGGUCACAGGCGUGGCUUGCAGAAUCCACCUCCCUGCUGGAGAGCUCCAUCUCUUAUCCGUGCGUCUUUUGUCUUAUUUCUGAAGUUACAAGAAAGGUUCAGAGAAACGGUUUCCGUCACGUCCUGUAGUUAUUAGCCUUUUACAUUUCUAGGCCAGUUAGGAAUCCCUUCCCUGAAACUGGUCCCACUGGUCAUCAAGCGGCCUGAUGAAGUUCUGCAUUCAGGGCUUUUGUUUUUCCACAACGUGUGUUUUAAAAUUUGUCUUUUGCCCCUCAGCAGGAGAUAUUUCUCAAGGGAAUUGAAAAGAUUAAUUAGUGACCUUUCAACUCUAUUACAGUGAGAUGAGUGUGUUGCUAAUAAAGGUAGAAACAUUUACCUUACCACUGUGGGAUCGUCACAAACCUUUGAAAGCACUUCCUUCCAAGACUGGGUGACAGCUUGGAUUUUUCAGUACUUGAGGGGGGGGACUGCUCAACUCACAAGUAUGUGCAAUGCAGCCACAAAUUGGAAAUACAUAUCACAAAACUGCAGCAGUAAAAUCAUAUUUUGUACAUUAAAAUUGUGUUUACUUACUGUGACUACUGUUCAGACUUUAUUCAGAAAUCCUUUUUAUAGGCUUUCUUAGUAAAAAAAAAAAAUUCCAUUAUCUAUGGAUGAUGUCUCAAUCUUCUGUAUAUAUGUUUUAUUAAUAUGUAAAUAUUUAGAUUUUUUAAAAUUACUAUGUUCUUUAAAAAGAAUUUCAACACAAGGCUAGUUGUGAAAUGGUGAAUAACAUUGUGUUGUGAUAUCAAUUCCCAAGAUGCUCUUUAUGUCCGUUCCAGAAGAAUACAAUAAAUUACUUUAAUUGAA